AUGGAUCCCUCCGCACUCAGAUCCCUCUGCACUCAGAUCCCUCUGCACUCAGAUCCAUCUGCACUCAGAUCCCUCCACACUCAGAUCCCUCCGCACUCAGAUCCCUCCGCACUCAGAUCCCUCCGCACUCAGAUCCCUCUGCACUCAGAUCCCUCUGCACUCAGAUCCCUCUGCACUCAGAUCCCUCCGCACUCAGAUCCCUCCGCACUCAGAUCCCUCCGCACUCAGAUCCCUCUGCACUCAGAUCCCUCUGCACUCAGAUCCCUCUGCACUCAGAUCCCUCUGCACUCAGAUCCCUCCGCACUCAGAUCCCUCCGCACUCAGAUCCCUCCGCACUCAGAUCCCUCUGCACUCAGAUCCCUCUGCACUCAGAUCCCUCCGCACUCAGAUCCCUCCGCACUCAGAUCCCUCUGCACUCAGAUCCCUCUGCACUUAGAUCCCUCUGCACUUAGAUCCCUCCGCACUCAGAUCCCUCCGCACUCAGAUCCCUCCGCACUCAGAUCCCUCCGCACUCAGAUCCCUCUGCACUCAGAUCCCUCUGCACUCAGAUCCCUCCGCACUCAGAUCCCUCCGCACUCAGAUCCCUCUGCACUCAGAUCCCUAUCCAUCCGCACUCAGAUCCCUCGGCACUCAGAUCCCUCCGCACUCAGAUCCCUCUGCACUCAGAUCCCUCUGCACUCAGAUUCGUCCGCACUCAGAUCCCUCCGCACUCAGAUCCCUCCGCACUCAGAUCCCUCCGCACUCAGAUCCUUCCGCACUCAGAUCCCUCUGCACUCAGAUCCCUCCGCACUCAGAUCCCUCCGGACUCAGAUCCCUCCGCACUCAGAUCCCUCUGCACUCAGAUUCCUCCGCACUCAGAUCCCUCCGCACUCAGAUCCCUCCGCACUCAGAUCCCUCUGCACUCAGAUUCCUCCGCACUCAGAUCCCUCCGCACUCAGAUCCCUCCGCACUCAGAUCCCUCUGCACUCAGAUCCCCUCACACUCAGAUCCCUCUGCACUCAGAUCCCUCCGCACUCAGAUCCCUCCGCACUCAGAUCCCUCCGCACUCAGAUCCCUCUGCACUCAGAUCCCUCUGCACUCAGAUCCCUCCGCACUCAGAUCCCUCCGCACUCAGAUCCCUCUGCACUCAGAUCCCUCUGCACUCAGAUCCCUCUGCACUUAGAUCCCUCCGCACUCAGAUCCCUCCGCACUCAGAUCCCUCCGCACUCAGAUCCCUCCGCACUCAGAUCCCUCUGCACUCAGAUCCCUCUGCACUCAGAUCCCUCCGCACUCAGAUCCCUCCGCACUCAGAUCCCUCUGCACUCAGAUCCCUGUGCACUCAGAUCCCUCUGCACUCAGAUCCCUCCGCACUCAGAUCCCUCCGCACUCAGAUCCCUCCGCACUCAGAUCCAUCCGCACUCAGAUCCCUCGGCACUCAGAUCCCUCCGCACUCAGAUCCCUCUGCACUCAGAUCCCUCUGCACUCAGAUUCGUCCGCACUCAGAUCCCUCCGCACUCAAAUCCCUCCGCACUCAGAUCCCUCCGCACUCAGAUCCUUCCGCACUCAGAUCCCUCUGCACUCAGAUCCCUCCGCACUCAGAUCCCUCUGGACUCAGAUCCCUCCGCACUCAGAUCCCUCUGCACUCAGAUUCCUCCGCACUCAGAUCCCUCCGCACUCAGAUCCCUCCGCACUCAGAUCCCUCUGCACUCAGAUUCCUCCGCACUCAGAUCCCUCCGCACUCAGAUCCUUCCGCACUCAGAUCCCUCUGCACUCAGAUCCCUCCGCACUCAGAUCCCUCCGGACUCAGAUCCCUCCGCACUCAGAUCCCUCUGCACUCAGAUUCCUCCGCACUCAGAUCCCUCCGCACUCAGAUCCCUCCGCACUCAGAUCCCUCUGCACUCAGAUCCCUCCGCACUCAGAUCCCUCCGCACUCAGAUCCCUCCGCACUCAGAUCCCUCUGCACUCAGAUCCCCUCACACUCAGAUCCCUUCGCUCCGCACUCAGAUUUCUCCGCAAACCAUCCUGCAACCCCUCCUGCGACUCCAGCACCUCUAUCUGCACUGCCAGACAGAGAGAGUACAUGCUCUUGGCAACCUUGCUGUGGCGAACGGGCCAGCCCAGUGCUCCGCCUCCCAGCCCGACGCGCCUCCCCGCCGCCGCGAGUCACAGCCACGGCGGGAGAGGGAGGUGGGGAAACGCUCGCAACGGGAGGGGUUUCGCGGGCGCCGAUGCGGCGGAGUGGGCAAAAUGGGCGGCCCUUUGCCGUGUGAUCGAAAGGAAUCGAUGCCGCGCCACGCCACCUGCAUCCACGCUGGCACCACCCCCGUCGGUGUGUUCCAAGUGAUUUCAGGUCCAGAAACCGUGCUAGUGAUAUCGCCACCGUACGAUGAUUAG